AUGAUUUGCUGUGAUGGGGCUUCACUUGGUAAUCCAGGCCAGGCCGGUGCUGGUGUUACUUAUCGUGAUGCGAAUGCGGCGGUGCUUGGAGCUCUUUGUGUUGGCCUUGGUUGGCAAACUAAUUAUUAUGCAGAAGUGUGUGCGGUAAUUUAUGGUGCGAUGCUGCUAGCAAAGAGGUGGAAUGUUAAAAAUAUUUGCAUUCGCUCAGACUCGAUGAGUUGUAUUCAAGCUUUCCAAAAGGGUAAGCUUCCAUGGCAGCUAAUGCAGAAGUGGAGAAUGGCGAAGACUUUUUACAAUAACAUCCGCUAUAUUUAUAGUUAUAGGGAAGUUAAUUUUUCAUCUGAUGCUUUGACCAAGCAAGCCUGUUUGUUGGCUGAAGAUAUUUUUGAGUUUUAUGAGGGUAGGCCAGGUUUUAUUCUAUCUGUAGAAUGGCCUGAAGAGGUUUAUUUUCAUUUCAAAUAG